AUGUCCCAAUCACUAAAGCCUUACCUCACAGCUGUUAGGCACACGUUGAAUGCUGCCCUCUGUCUGGAGAACUUCUCCUCGCAAAUUGUCGAAAGGCACAAUUAUCCAGAAAUUGAAAACAAGAAAACUAAAGAGAUCCUACUUAAUCCCAUGAUCAUAUCAAGAAAUGAAAAGGAAAGGGUACUAAUUGAGCCAAGUAUUAACUCCGUUAGAGUGUCCAUCAAAAUUAAGCAGAGCGAUGAAAUCGAAGGCAUCUUAGUGGAUAAGUUCACAAGAUUUUUGACCAAACGAGCUGAAACUUUCUUUAUUCUAAGACGAGUGCCUAUAGAAGGCUAUGACAUCUCUUUCUUGAUUACGAACGUUCACAACGAGGACAUGCUCAAGAACAAAUUGGUUGAUUUCAUCAUUGAGUUCAUGGAGGAUGUCGAUAAGGAAAUCAGUGAGAUGAAGUUGUUUUUAAAUGCAAGAGCCAGAUUCGUCGCCGAAACCUAUUUAAGCACCUUCGAUUAG